AACAGGUGGCUAAAUAAGUUUCGCAAAAUAUUCGUUAAAAUUGUUGAAAAUGACUGCGCAAGCCCAACUUAGAGCAAUGUUGGAUGAGUUAAUGGGAACGGCUAGAGACGGCGAGAGCAAGAGCGACGUCAAGUUCACGGACACGAAUGUCUGCCGCAGCUUCUUGAUGGGCUGCUGCCCCUUCGACAUCCUCUCCGGCACGCGUCUAAAUCUCGGCGAUUGCUCCAAGGUCCACGACCUUGCUCUGAAGGCUGACUACGAGAUGGCUUCGAAAAGCAAGGACCUCUUCUACGACCUCGACGCACUCGAACAGUUACAGACGUUUAUCACCGACGCCGACAAGCAGACGGAGGUUGCCAAGCAGAAGCUCGCCGAAACACAAGAACAGCUGAGCGAAGAGGCGACAGGAAUGCUGGACAAGGUUCACGAGUUUGCGGAGAGCAUCGGGAAGACGCUGGCGAAGGCGGAACAGCUGGGCGCGAACGGCAACGUAGCGGAGUCGCUCAAGCUGAUGGAAGAAGUCGCGAGUCUGAAGAAGGCAAAGUACGAGAAGGAGCUUGAGUACCGGAACACGAUCCCGGCGUCGACAUACCAGCAGCAGAAGCUGCGAGUGUGCGAGGUGUGCUGUGCCUACCUGGGCAUCUACGACAACGAUCGUCGGCUAGCCGACCACUUUGGCGGCAAGCUGCAUCUCGGCUUCAUCACGAUCCGUGAGAAGCUGACGGAGAUGAAGAAACUCGUGGAGGAGAACCAGGUCGUGAGGCAGGAGCAGCGGGAGCAGCGGUGGGCCGACAGGGAGAAGGAGCGCGAGAAGGAGAGAGAGGAACGGGAGGAGCGUGAACGUAAGAGAACUCCGAGUCCGCAGCCGGCCAAGUCGCGCAGCCGAUCGCCGUCAGCGGAACACCGGCGCCACAAGACGAGGUCACGUUCGCGCAGUCGCAGGACGCGAUCGAGGUCACGCGAUCGUCGCCGUCGCUCAAGGUCGAGGUCGCACGAGCGCCGUCGAAGGUCAAGGUCGCCUGAGCGCCGUCGAAGGUCAAGGUCGCGAUCGCGCCACCGGAGGUCGAGGUCGCCCCGCCGCCGAAGGUCAAGGUCGCGGGGUCGCCGCCGCGACGUGCAGAUGAGGAGUCGGAGCAAUCCCGCAUAA